AUGCUAUCUCUGAAGAGUAGAGAUGCGGGAAAGGAGUUAGGUAUUGGCGGUGGUGGGAGGGAGGUGAUGAUGGAGGAAGACACGGAGCUUGAGGAAGGAGAGGCUUGCUCUUACCAUUCUCCUAACAAUGACGAUGACAAUUACACCAUGGACCCCGAUGUUGCGCUCUCUUACCUAGAUGAGAAACUUCAACAUGUCUUGGGGCACUUUCAAAAGGAUUUUGAAGGUGGUGUCUCAGCAGAAAAUUUGGGAGCCAAGUUUGGUGGUUAUGGUUCAUUUUUAUCUAGCCAGCGCUCUCCUUCUUGGUCUCAUCCUCGGGCUCCUCCAAAUGUCCAGCAAAUUAGUAAUUUGUCUAAAUCCCCAAACACUUUACUGCAUGGGGCUAGUCAUCGAAGUUCUGAUUCAUCAGAUGCACCUCAGGCAGUAAGGCCUGGUACUGCUUCUGCUGGUGCAGUAUUACCGCCCUUAACAAAAAUGCCAUCCUUGACUGUGGCUUCACCCAAACAAGAACGCCACAUGCCAUCUGCUCAUAUUUCUGAGGAAGUGAUAGGUCGCGAAACCUUAACUAAGAAGUCUGGCAGUUUACCGGACCCGAAGAUGCUUAAGUUUCGCAUCAAAGUCGGCUCUGAUAACUUGUCGACACAAACAAAUGAUGCUCUCUAUAGUGGUCUUGGCCUUACUGUCUCUCCAUCUUCAUCAAUGGAGGAUAGUCCCUCUGAAAGUGAAGGGAUGUCUCAUGAACUUCACCAUGCCUCAUUAGAAUCUCCUGCUCAUAUUAUUCGGAUAAUGACUUCUUUCCCAGUGCAUGGAGGGCUUUUAUUAUCACCUCUUCCUGAUCUUCUGAUUUGCUUGACGGAAAAAGAAAGGAUUCCAAGGGAUGGUGGAUCCAUAUCUGUUUCAAAGCUUAGUAAAAGAGUUCUUGCUAACGGUAAAAUGAAGUUGCUGGAGAGGUGUGAGAUUUCUUCAGAAUCAAAAAAUGACUCUAAAAAGGUUUCUGAAAGUGAUAUCGAGAUUGCAUCAAGGAAGGAGAUGGUCCUUGACAGUCUAGCAUGUGAUCGACUAGUAUCCCAUACCUUAAGGCUGCCACUGCUAUCUAGCUCAUAUUCUACCUCAGGUGAAACUGUAAAAGGCUCGGGGAUGGCUUCUAAUUCAUCAAAGGAAGUAUGCAAAGAUGGUGUGCAGGACAAUGCUGGUAUUGGUCCGGAAAAGGUGCCAUUCAUUCCAAUGGCUUCCCUGGAGGAUGGCUGCAUUGUAAAUUCCAUGGCCACUACGUCUGAAGAUUGGGAAGAUAAGAAAGACGAAUCUUUUGAUAGUGCUUCUGAAUGUUCCAAGAAAGUUGGCCCUUGCAAAAGAGGAAAAUCUUUCAAUUUGGUGAAAAUCGAUGCCAAUAUUUCUAAAGUUGGUAAACCUGCAAGAGCCGAGUCAACUGAAUCGAUAAAGCAUAAGGCUGACCAGAAAAAUACAUCACAGAAAUUUGAAGGCGAAACGUUGAUUCCCAGUAAAGAGUGUUUGGCUUCAGACGGGAAGAAGAAACCAAAGAAAAGUCAGAGUCAUGGCAAUAUAGUCUCAGAAAUAUCAAAGGCAGGCUCUAUUACUGGCCCUUAUUCAGUAGCAAGAAUUCGGAAGGAUUCUCAUGUUGACGAUUCAACAGAGGGGGAGUUAGAGGACCGCAAAGUCCAGAAAAAUGCUGGAGAAUUUGGAGACCGGUAUCAUGAUUUUUUUGGGGACAUGGAACUAGAACAAGGGGACAGCCAUCCUAGUCGAUCAGAAACAAGUCGUGCGGAUAGGGCGAGGGGUUCACAAGUUGUUGAAAAAGAAACCAAUAGGAUUAGUAAAUCACUGAUCGAGAGAUCAAAUGCAAAGAAAAUUGAUAAGAUGUUAGCAUCAGAGGCAUAUUGCAAGGCAGGUUCAAGUGCUUCUCUGCACCCUCAAAAUGUGCCUGCAUUGGAUGCUGCUCCUUUAUGUACAGAUCCUCUCGUGACAGAAGAUGAUCAUUGGGUUUGUUGUGAUAAGUGUCAGACGUGGCGACUUCUUCCAUUUGGAAAGAAUCCUGACGACUUGCCGGAUAAGUGGCUAUGCGAAAUGCUUGACUGGUUGCCGGACAUGAAUAGAUGUGAUUUUACUGAGGAGCAAACUACUGAGGCUCUCAUUGCAUCAUACCGAGCUGCUGCUCCACAUGGUCAAAGUGGUCCAGCUGGCACUUCUGGUGGGCAUAUAACCGAGGGAACCGUGCGCAGUGUUCGAACCCAUGAUGCGAUUGCUGCUAGCCGGAAGAAGAAGCAUGCUUUGAGAGAGCCAUCCAAUAUAGCAGAUAAAGAUGGCCCAAUACAGCUACCCAAUUCUGCAAAGAAAGCAAUGCCAACUUUUGUGCCAAAUGUAAGCAUAAGCGAGGUGAGUCGGUCUCCUAGGAUCAGUGAACCUGAAUUGCUGAAGUCUAGCAGAUCUAGUGACACAGCCAUGGGAAACAAGAAACCUAAGCUGAAAGAGAAGCACAAUGUGCUUGACAACUUUUCUGCUCGAGGUGAAUCUCGUCAACCAAAGAUGAGAAGCAAAAGGGUACCUGAUGAAGAUGUAGUUAGAGCAUCCAAGAAGGCAAAGGCUGAAGAUUUGUCAGAAGAUCCAAUGUCUGAUUAUGUGUCUGAAAAGAAUGGUCCUAGCAUUCCCUCUGGCAAACUGCCGCCCAAAGAUUCUGAUUGGACUUCUUCUAGGGACUCAAAGAAUGAGCAAAAGAAUCAGAAAAAUGUCUAUGCUAAAAAGCUGAAGGAUGGAGUUCAGGUUACAUUGGAUGUUCGCUCCAUGGAAAAGAGGAAGCAUAAGGAUGGUGAAAUUGUGAAAAAAAGGAAAGCAAAUGGUGACUUUGAUGCAAAUUUGCGACCACCUUCCCCUGUGGCUACAGAAUCCCUUCUCCAGGAUGGUGGAAUCAUGGCAAAGGAAGAUCUCAGUGAUAGCGACUUCAGGAAGGAAAAGAAGGCACGGUUAUCCAGUUCUAUGGGAAAGGAGGUCAGUACUGGUGAAGGUGAUGGUAGAACAGAGAAGAAGGGCAGUCAUGGAAGAAAACUGCUAUCAAGGCGAGAUUUAGGAAGCACAUUGUCACAGCGGAGUUUGGAUGCUGCUGAGUGUUCGAAGAAAGAUUCCGGGAAUGAACAUCUGUCAGUGGCUGCUACCUCUAGCUCUUCUAAGGUUUCUGGGUCCCACAAGACGAAAGGCAACACCCUGGAUACAAAAGGCUCCCCAGUAGAAUCAGUUUCAUCGUUACCUAUAGGAACACCAAAACCAGAUAAACUUGUAGCUGCAGCAAGAAACUCCGUGAGGCAUGUUAUCAGAGAGGGGAAGAAAGAUAAAAAUAUUGAUUUGGGUCGUCAUGGGUCUCUUGAGCCUUCUUACGUUGAUUUUCCAGAGGACUUUAGUCAAGGUUUGCCAUCUGCAAAAGCUAAGCAACAGAGUGUGCCUACUUCUACAAAUCAACAGAUCAUAAGUGCCACUGCAAAUUCCUCUGAUAAAUAUACUCAGCAUCAUAGCAGGUCAGAAAAUAUGGACAAACACCACAAUGAUGAGAGGCCAAACGGAAAUCAUUCUCAAUCAAAUGGAUAUCUUGCAAGGAAGUCCUCGAAGGAAACAUCAUCUUCAAGGUCCAAGGACCAAAGUCUUGAUUCUUCAGAGAAGGUAAAACUUAGAGUUUCUGAUUCUACUACAGAGCAUGUAGUGUCUUUUGGAGUAAAACCGGGGGAUAGCCAAAACAAGGCAGAUGAGAAAAUUGGUGUCAAAUCUGAAAAAAAAGAGAGUAGACUCCUAGAUAAGAGCUCUGCAGGACUAUUGCUUGUAGGGAAUGGCAAAACAGAUGCUCGCCCAAACUUAGGUGGCCGCAAUGAUCCAGGUGAUAAACGUCCUGCUACUAAUACUGAUGAUGCAAAAGUGAGUUUACCACUGGAAGGCCAGACGAGCUCAGGUAAAGAGAAGGCAAUAACAGCAAAUCCAUGUGGGUUAAUUCAAGAAGAGAAAUCACUCUCCGUUCCUGGUAUGCAAAAAGGAAAUGGAGGGAGGGUUUUGUCUGUUAGUGCCUCCGGUGGUGACAAUCCAUCCAAGCCACAGAAGCAGACCAGGAAAGUUAACCAUCCCCCAAAUGGGAUAAAUCACAGCUCAGGGAACCAGAUAUCAAACGGGCAAAGGAUCAGGGAUCAUGAUGCCCCGAGUCCAGUCAAAAGGGAUUCCUCCAGUCAGGCUGCCAACAAUGCUUUGAAAGAGGCAAAAAAUCUAAAGCACCUGGCAGACCGUCUGAAGAACUCUGGGUCAGCUCAGGAAAGUACAAGGCUUUACUUUGAGGCAAGCCUGAAGUUUCUUCAUGGAGCUUCACUCUUGGAAUCUGGAAGCAAUGAAAAUGCGAAAGAUAUGAUCCAGUCAAUGCAAAUCUAUACUAGCACUGCCAAACUCUGCGAGUUUUGUGCCCAUGAAUACGAGAAGUCUAGAGACAUGGCUGCUGCUGCUCUUGCCUACAAAUGCAUGGAGGUGGCAUACCUGAGGGUAAUUCAUUGUUCGCAUUCCAGUGCAAACAGAGAUAGACAUGAGUUACAAAUGGCUUUACAGAUGAUUCCUACAGGUGACUCACCUUCCUCUUCUGCCUCUGAUAUUGAUAACUUGAAUCACCCAACAUCAGUGGAUAAAGUAACCUUAGGAAAAGGUAUCAGCUCACCUCAAGUUAUGGGAGGUCCCAUCAUUGCUGCCCGAAAUCGCACCAAUGUUUCCCGGCUGCUCACUUUUGCACAGAAUGUUAACUUUGCAAUGGAAGCAUCAAGAAAAUCACGGGUGGCUUUUGCAGCUGCUAGCAUAAGCUUGGGAGACUACCAAAGCGGGGAGGGUAUUACUUCCAUUAAAACAGCUCUUGAUUUCAGCUUCCAUGAUGUAGAAGGAUUACUACGUCUAAUACGGCUUGCAGUUGAAGCUAUUGGCCGAUAA